AUGACACCCUUUACUGCUUUAUAUGGUUAUACCCCCUCAUACAUGGCUUUUCCAUUAGAAACUACUUCUUCAGUUACAGUUGUUGAAGAUUACUUGAAGGAGAGAUCAGCUAUGCUUGACAUUCUACAAGAGAACUUAUCCAAGAGUCAAGAGAGGAUGAAGAUAUUUGCUGACAAAAAGAGGACUGACAGAUCUUUUGAGGUCGGUGAUUAUAUCUUUCUCAAGAUGCAACCAUAUAGACAGUCUUCCAUGGAUCUCAGACGCAAUCUUAAACUAUCAAUUCGCUAUUAUGGACCAUUUCAAGUGACUCAUCGCAUUGGUAAGGUAGCUUAUAGAUUGGCUCUCCCAGCUACAUCCAAAAUCCACCCUGUCUUUCAUGUUUCACAGCUGAAGAAAAAGAUUGGCCUCUCUGCACCCACAAUCCCUACUCUGCCCUUGACUGAUGCUGAAGGUGAAAUUAUACUCACGCCUGUUGCAACCCUCAACUUUCGCCAAGAUUUUCGACAGGAUUCCAUGGUACCUCAGGUGUUAAUCCAAUGGUCUCACACAUCACCAGAAGAUGCAACCUGGAAGGAUGUUGAUAAUGUCACUGCUCAUUUUCCAAAGUUCAAUCUUUGA